CACUCCAGCCUGAACGACAAGAGUAAAAAUUUGUCUCAAAAAAAAAGAAAAAUGCAAAAAACAAAGGGCGGGUAGUUUCUUCAAAAGCCAGUGCCUCAACUCUCAUUCUGCAGUCCCAUAGUAUCCACCCUUGAUUUUGAAUUGAUAUGAUGCCCUAUUCUUGCAUAAAAACAUUUCAUUUUUGAUUAGUAAAUUAUUUUGAAAGGUUGAUAUGAAUAUGUAUAAUAUCCAGAGCACAAAACUACUAAAAUGUUAUGAGUCUCUUACAUAAUUACCUUUAAAUGAAACUGUAGCCCUGAAAGUAAUUUCACAGUCACAUUCUUUUAGAUUUUAGUAAUACUAUAUGUGUGUAGCUUUUAUAUGGUCAUAUUGUGAUGAAAACUCCUAUGUAAUAGAAUAAAUGUAACAGAUUGUAAAACUCCAAGGAUGGCUAUAUAUUCAAAUACAUAUUAUAUAUUUCAAAUCAGUUGCAGCACACUUUCAGCUAGAAGAAAACACAUUCUUAUAUACCUUAGUUCUGGUAAUAAGUAAAUGUGCUCUUACCAUAUAAUUUUCUUUACUAUGCCCUUGGAGCUCUUAAGGUGCUAUGGGAGGCUAUUGCAAACUCAUUGUUGGAAUUGCCUGCCAUGCUAAACCAAAGUGGAGUCAAUAAGUAAUUUUAUCACUCUUUUCUUCAAAAAUAUGUCAAAGACAACUGAAAACAUGGUAAGUGCAUUUAUUGCUGGGAGGCAUUUAAUGAGAAGUUCUUUCUGACAUAAAUACUUGACCCUUAAUUACAUUUUUUGCAUGCUAACAACACCUUCAACCAGGUCACCUUGAAGCUACAGGAAUUCUGUUUUUAUCCCUCAUGCCACUGCUGAGAAUGUAGCUCCAUGUUUUUAUUCCCGUACUUCUCAAUGCACUUAUGACUAAGAAGACACUACUCCACCUUCACCCCCAGACCCCAGCAUUCUUGGUUUAUUUUAAGUUCAUCUGGGCUAUUAAAGUGUGAAAGAUUUAUGCUCAUACUGCAGAUACAAGAUCAAGAUGCAUUAUUUUUCUGGACCUAUUUUCUAAGAACUCUUCUUUCAACUGUUAGUUUCCAGGAUAGGAUGAAUCUGAUUUUACUGUGAAAUGCAGGUAGCUUUUAUUUCAGGCCUUUGCAUCGCUUAAGAGACAUUAUUAGCACCUAAUUGGAAUUUGCAUAGACACAUGAAAUAUUCUGCCUUCUGAGACCUUAUGGAAAUCUGCCCUAUUAAUGACUACAUCAGAUAGGAGUUAUAGAUUUUUGUCAUUUCGGCAUUUUUCUUCUAUCAAGUAGUUCGCUUCUGCCCACAUAACUGAGUAGUGUAGAAGAGCCACUACCAUUGGUCUUUUCUGGGCUAAGGACAUUUGAUUUCAUAUAUAAGAACAAAAAAGGCUCAUGUGACUUUUUUGGAAAGAUUAUAGCCGUAGGAAAAUAAAGCACUAUUAAGCUACAUGCUUCUUUUAAUAUGUUCUCAUUAAACGCAGUGAACAAAUAAUUAGUAUACAUUUCUUUCUCAUAUGACUGCCCCUUGCAACCAUACCUUAGUUAUUAUACCUACCAAGUGCUAUAAGGAAAUCUAUAGAAUGGAUGAUAAUCAGUGAAAUAUUUGAAAAGAUAAAAAUUAUCCUCAUCUCAGCUACUUAUUGUGAACCUUCUUUUUUGUUUAGUUAUACUUACUGAACUGAUGCUGUUAGAACACUUCAAUGUUAUGUCAUUUUCAAAUUUGAUAGACAAUAUGUAUACUUUUACUUGCAUCAUUCAUGAUAAAUAUUGUAUAUAAUAUUGAACUAUGGCGUUCUGAAACUUCUACUUAAUACAUGAGCAUUUUCCAACUUUUUUCUUAAGGCUCUCCAAUCAGGUUUCUACAAAUCAAUUUAUUCACAAAUAACAAAAAAAAGAAGCCCAAGUACUAUAUUUUCCCACAUACUAAACAAUGAAUGAAAAAUCCCCAGGGCGAUCUGCAAGUCGAUCAAGUAACAUUUCAAAAGCAAGCAGCCCAACCACAGGGACAGCUCCCAGGAGCCAGUCAAGGUUGUCUGUGUGUCCAUCUACUCAGGACAUCUGCAGAUCUGCCAUCUUGCAUGACAUGUCAGAAGAGUCAUUUGAGUAUUGCACCCCUGUCAUGGUGCUGAGCCCUGCUAGGAAGGAGUCUGGUAAGAAACCAGUAAAACAAAGACCUAGGAGGAGGAGAAAGGCCUCUGAGAGACAUGAGCAUGCUGCAGAAGAACAAGUAAGAGGGAGAAGAAAUGACUUUCACCUCCAAAUCUCAAGCCCCAGGUGGAGGGAGCUUUACACAGAUUCUUCAGAUUCAUCUUCCUCAGAUGAGAGUCAUUGGAUUCAGGCAAAAAGAAGAGCCCAGGUUAAAUUCAGAUUGUCAAGGAGAAGGAGGAGAAAUAAUAACAAGCUGUGUGAAAACGUAGCUGGGUCUUCCACCCCUAAUGGAAUUGAGCUUGUUGAUUUGGGACCCAAAGGUAAAGAACAACAUGAGCUGAUCGAAUGUGAGAGUUGCUCUUUAAAUCUCCGCAGAGGAAAAGGUACAAGGUACCAUGAAUGCAACACUUCUCUGACUCAAGGAUCCUCCGAAAUUAAGAGCUCCUCAAGAAGUCGUGAGAAGAGCAAAGGUAGAUAUCACCACAGAGAUCCUCAGCUCUUGCAAAGCCUUAGGAAAAAUGAAAUAAUAAAGAAGAAAUUUUCAGAAACAGAUUCCAGCACUGAAAUACUGGCCGUUACAGAAGGUGGCAAGGACAUGAAUGAUGCAGGGCUCCAUGUGAAUAACCCUGUUCAGAAGCCUCCUGCCACCUAUGACGAUGGGUCUGAUAAUUUAGAAGUAUGCAGAAUCUGUCACUGCGAAGGGGAUGAAGAGAGCCCCCUCAUCACACCCUGCCGCUGUACUGGGACACUGCGCUUUGUCCACCAGUCCUGCCUCCACCAGUGGAUAAAGAGCUCAGAUACACGCUGCUGUGAGCUCUGCAAGUAUGACUUCAUAAUGGAGACCAAGCUCAAACCCCUCCGGAAGUGGGAGAAACUACAGAUGACCACGAGUGAAAGGAGGAAAAUAUUCUGCUCUGUCACAUUCCAUGUAAUUGCAAUCACCUGUGUGGUUUGGUCUUUGUAUGUAUUAAUAGAUCGGACAGCGGAGGAAAUCAAGCAAGGCAAUGACAAUGGUGUCCUUGAAUGGCCAUUUUGGACAAAACUGGUUGUGGUAGCCAUUGGCUUCACAGGAGGUCUUGUCUUCAUGUACGUACAGUGUAAAGUCUACGUUCAGUUGUGGCGCAGGCUGAAGGCCUACAACCGUGUGAUCUUUGUACAAAAUUGCCCAGACACUGCCAAAAAAAUGGAGAAGAACUUCUCAUGCAAUGUAAACACAGACAUCAAGGAUGCUGUGGUAGUGCCUGUAUCACAAACAGGUACAAAUUCACUGCCAUCUGCAGAGGGUGGCCCCCCUGAAGUUGUAUCAGUUUGACUGAACCAGUUGGAAGUUUCUUCACAGAAGAAUAUCUUUCUAGCCCUCAGCCACUACAAAUGACAGAAGUGAUCUUGAAUUAUUUACUCCCUUCAGCUCCUCCUUUCUCCUACUGACACAUUUUUUUUGACUUUGUUCAAAGAGGAAAGACGAAAAACACACCAAAUGAUCAGGAUCCCAUGAAGUAUAGCCUAAAGAGUGAUAUGGACAUGUGAAGUUUGCUAGAGAAUGAUUUCUAAGACAAUUAAGAACUACUGCAGCAAUGAAUGCUUUUAAGCAGUAAUAAAAGAUUAAAUGGACCCACGAUACUCUUCACAGUAACAGGGGAAAAGUUCAAGAAUACAGACUUGAAUUGCAACGUGUAUUACUUCUUGGGCCUUGCAAUGUUAACUAUUUAUCUCGUCUGGAAAUAACAAACAUAUUUGGUUUUAAGCCUGAAAUUGUCUGCAUUAUCCUGAGGUCACACUGGAAGAGAACUUGGAGGAUGCAUAUUUUGAUAUGCUUUGACAGCUAACAGAUUUUUAUGGUAAUAGUGGAGUCUGGUUAUUUUGACAGAUGCAUGUUUUUAAAAUCGAUGCAAUAUACAUUUGAAGACAUUGAUACUUGGAACUCUGUUUAAAUCAUGAACAAAAAAUUUUCAGAAAAUGUUCAGAUGUAAUUAUCUCUGUUAAAUACCCACAGAAAUCAGUUACCAGGUCUUAUAUUUUUGUCUGGUUCCUCUAAUACCGUGCUGUCCAACAGAAACAGAACAGCCACAAAUGCAGGCCACAUAUGUAAAUUUUUAAUUUCCUAGUAGCCCCAUUUUGAAAAGUCAAAUAAAUGGUAAAAUGAAUUUUGAUUUUUUAAAAUUUAACACUAUACAUGUUAUUUCAACAUGUCAUCAAUGUAAAAAAUUAUUGAGAUAGUAUACAUCUGUUUUUUGAACCAAGUUUUCAAAAUCCGGUUUGUACUUUAAAAGCACACUUCAACUUGAAUUAACUAUAUUGGAUAGCACAGCCCUAAAGGUAGAAACGAAGCUUCUGCUUUAUUUAACAGUUGAAUAUUUCAAAACAGCAGUUUAAUUCAUUCUUAUAUUUCAAAGUCUCACAAAUGUUAUGAUUUUUAAAAGCACUAAAUUAAGUAUCCUCAUUUUAAACUCAGCUGAAGUUCACAUCUCUCAAGGGUAAAAACACCAACUGUAUAGAAAGAUAAAACAAUCCGCCUAUAGCCAAGUUGUGAAAUUAAUUUGUCUGCUACUAUGAAGUACUUAUGAUAGGGGACUAAAACUACCUAGUUUUGUUAUUAAAUCAAAUGUGUAAGGUUUAUUUCAUCCAUACGAGGUGUCACCUUGACAGAUGAGUAGUUAUUAUGACUAAGAAUCUAGACCUUAUUUUUAAAAGCUGACAGGAUUUCCCUUGCUCAGUUAGAAAGCAAAAAUAUUCAACAGAUUCUGUGAUAAGUAAUUAAUUAAUUGUUUAGGUUUGACAGUUGAUUAUUGUGUUCUUUGCAUAUUCAUGUAAAACUGAUGUGUGAAUGAUAUUGCAGUGAGCUAGAUUCAUGAUUAUAGAUACAGUAGCCUGUCAAAGAAAGAUGUCCUACAUUAAAAAAGGUGACUUAUUUUUGUUAGCUGUCAUUAUUUAUUAACAUGAAAAGGCAAUGAUGGCCAUAACCAAAGCAUGAGUGUCGCAUUGCACAAAUCUGGGUAUCACAUGGAUGCACUUUGUAAUUAUCAGUGUGCUUUGUUCUUCACAGAUCACAGGAAAAAGGAAAAAAAAAAAAAACAAUUCAAUGAAGAGAAAGACGGUAUGAAUAUUAGUAGUGGCUGACACUGAGUCCAAAUAGUCUUGAUUCUUAGAAAUAAAGAAAAGGUAAACCAUGUCAAUUUUGUGUGUGUGUAUGGUGUGUGUGUAUUCAUGUAUAUAUGCGGGAAAAUGUUAAGGCAUUCAGUCAGGAAACAAAAGGUUUAAAACUCAUCUUUCUUAAAACUUGUUAUAAGCAUAGGGAAAACAAAGUUGAGGUAACUAAACUGAACCAAAAAUUGUGCAUAAAUUUAUAAAAAGGAUACAAGUAAUGUUUUUAAAAAAAUGUGGACCUUAAAUUAACUGUAUAUUAAAUUCCUCUUAAAUUCCCAUUUUAAAUAUUUAAGAUAAAUACAUUUAUGAAUAACAAAGCUGUGGGUGAUUUAAUCAUGGCAUCACAUCUAAGGGUUAACCUGAAUGCAAUUUUCCUAAGCUUUUUACUAAUCCAUUUUCCCUGUGGGUUAGUAGUGGCAACAUGCUGUUUACAAACAUUCCUGGGGAAAAACAUCUAGACACUAGCAAACAAAGAAAUGUUGGUUUCUCUUUUGUUUGCUCUGAAAGUAAAAUAAUUUUUUACCUUAAUUAAUAUGGAAAAUUUUGUUUAAACUCUGUACAAACCUAAGCAAGAUAGGUUGCAGGGCUGAUUUCACAGUGGAAGAUGAUUGGCUAAAAUAAAGCCUCACUUAUUAAGGGCUACAUCUAACACUAAGAAAACACUUCUAGAAUGAAAAGCAAAGGUAAAAGUAUUAUUGUACUAAUAGUAAAAGAGGACAUGAGAUUUUAAAACUAUACCUAUGGGCUUUGACGUUGUUGAAAUGAGAAAAUAAUAUAGCUUCCUGGCAGGUUAGAAGUCAAUACUUUAUUUUGCUAUUCUUCUGACUUUUUGAAACCUGAAGUUCUGAAUUUCAAGUUUUUCAGAAGCUUUUCAGCAAUGGUUAUGGUUCAAACAUCUGAAGUAACUACCUGCAUCUAAAACCUAAUGUUAAUUAUUUUUAUUUUACAUUCUGUGUGGCAAUGGAAUAUUUGCGCUUUAAAACAAUAAAACGAUUAGCUUUGUGGCAGUGCUUUCUUGUGGCUGGCUGUCCCCUUCAAAAAGAAAAACUGUUGGACAGAAUGCCAAUUCUGAGGCAUGUUUACCUGCUCAUGGAAGAAAUAAAAUGGAAUUGAAAUAAAGGACUAAAAUUGAAGAAUGAACUUACAGUUCUGUUAAAAACCUUGGCUUUUUAUAAUCAUGACUCAUCAGUGUUAUCAAUACCAUAAACCACAGGCAUUGACACUGUUAAUUUAAUAUUGUACAGGAGUAAAGAUUAAAUUGUAAAAGAAAGAAAUUGCAAUUUUUUUUAAAAAAACUGAAGCCCAAAAAGCAAUUAAGCUUAAGUAUGAAAACAAAAUAAAAAUGAAAAAAUCUAAAGUGAGCCCAACAACCUGAGAUACAGCAACGUGUAAACUGAAGGAAGAUAGGUAUAGACUGAAUGAGUUUUUCAAAACACCCCAGCAUUAAAUCUCACUGCGCUGCUUCUGUACGUGAUUAUGGUCCCAGAGAGACGAUCUCAGUUAUAUUUUAUCUUGUUUUACGAAAAAUCCUUGGGUACCCUUUAAAACAUCUAUUCUUUGACAGGAAAAUUAGCUCAUUAGAGCAAUGACACCAUUAAGGGAAAUUAUAAGGGUGCUGGGGAUCAGGUGGAAAGAUUCUGCCAUCUGCCCCAUAGUUUACCCUUCCUUGCCUUGAAAAUGAAUAUUCUGAAACAGAGUAGAGCUCUUAAAAGUUAUUAGUAUCAUCAUUAUUAUAGUUGUUAUAUAAUACUUUAAGAAAGAUGAAAACCUUUUUUCUUUCCUGACUCAGCCCAAUGGUGCUAUUUUACAUAUCAACACAGUUGACAGGAAUUACUGUUAUUUUGGGCUGCAGUGUUUCCUCUACAUCUAAAGAAAGCCCAUUUUCAAACUGGAUACUGCAUUAACACAAAGAAGGGAAAAUUAUUUUAACUGUGUGCAGUUUUUGAAAUUAGGCAUUUGUACUGUUUUGGUUUUACAUAAUUCUCUUGCAUUAACAACUUACUGUUUUGUGAAUCAAGUGUACUAAAGCAAAUUAAGAAAAAGAAAAUAAUAAUCUGUGAAAGACUUUGUAUAUUAAACAAGUGACGCAAA